UAUAAUUCUCAUUGGAGCCAGGCAAGUACUCAGAGGCCUGAAAUUAGUAUCGGGUGACAGACUCCCUCCUCUGAGAAGCUACAUGGAUGACGUCACAAGCAUCCUCCAUACAGCCCCAUGCAUGUCAAGGCUCCUUAAGUGCCUUGAUGAGCUGAUGACAUGGGCGAGGAUGAAGAUCAAGCCUUCAAAAUCAUGGAGCCUUUUGAUUAGGAAAGGACUGAGAAACAACAACAUAGUGUUUGUCACAGGAGGAGAGGAAAUUCCAUGGCUGGCAGAGCAACCUAUCCGAAGCCUCGGGAGGCAGUACACGUCAGAGCUCUCUGACAGACAGAUGGGGAGGCUGGCACAGAAGCAGCUGGCAGAUGGAAUGGCAAAGAUUGACAGCAGCCAGCUCCCAGGGAAACAUAAGGUGUUGUGCUACCAGUUCACACUUUACCAACGCGUAAUGUGGCCACUGAAAGUGUGUGAAAUUCCAUCAUCAGUAGCCAGCAGGACGGAUGGCGUCCCCAACAUUUACAUCAGGAAGUGGCUGGGCUUCUCUCGCUGCUUCUCUGACUCAGGCCUCUUUGGCAAGAACAUGUUGCAACUUCCUCUGAAAUCCAUCAGCCUUGGAUACAGGCAGAAGAGAACCUGUCUUGUACUGGAGUUAUUGGAAUCCAGGGACCAGCUGAUAAGGAACGCAAAGGUAGAUGUCUGCACAGGGCGCAGGUGGAGGGCACAGGCAGAGGUGGAUGAAGCCAUCAGCAUGUUGCAACACAAAGAGGUCCUGGGAAGAGUGCAAGACAGUCAGGCAGGAUUGGGCUGGGGAGAACCUGUGCAGUUCUGGUCCAAACCCACAAGGGAGCAGAGGAAGACCAUGGUCAUAGAGGAGGUCACAUGGGUGGAGUAGGAGCUCUGACUUAUCAAGGCAGUGUCCUAGGGCCACCACAAGCAGAGGCAUCAGCUGGGCAGACAUCUAGUGAACUCCACAAGCAUGGCUCAGCUUCUUGAUAAAGGCAAAAUACGACACCCUUUGACGUCUCCGAAGCCUCUCCAGGUAGUUUGGGAGUGAGGACAAGUGUCUGCUGUGCGGCAACAGCAACACAGGCCUCCAGCAUAUCUUUUCAGGGUGCAACAUUGCACUGGUGCUUCAGGUGGUGGCACAACCAGGUGCUGAGGAAGAUGGCGGAGCUGUUGGAGAAGUGCAGGGUGGGGGCAAUCAACUCCUCAGGUCACAAUCAACUGCUCAUUCCCUUUGUGAAGCCAGGAGAGCAUCGACAGAAGCCAGCAGUAGAAAAGACAUCUCCACUAACUCCUGGAAAGGCAUGGGAAAUGUGUGUUGACCUGGGUGCACAAGAAACUCUCAAACCAGAUGUCGUGAUGUGGUCCACAGCUGCCAAGAAGGUCCUCAUCAUUGAACUUACUAUACCUUGGGAGGAAGGGAUACCAGAAGCAUAUGAGUUGAAGCGCCUCAAGUACUCUGAACUGGCAGCAAAGUGCAAUGAGGUUGGCUGGACUACAACCACCCAGUGGACAUUGGAUGCAGGGGCUUUGUGAGCAAGUCAGCAGUCCAACUUCUCCUUGCAGCUGGAAUAACUGGGACGAGUCCACAGAGGGCCAUCAAAAAACUGGCAGAAGAGGCUGAGAAGUCAUGUUACUGAUUGUGGCUAUGGAGGAGGGACAGUUUUUGGGGCUCAACACCCCAGUCAUGGUAGCUACAGGGGUUGGUGGGCUCAACGUCCCCUGCUGGCCACUGCCCAUCGACCGGCAGAUGUGCACGGUGGCUCCAGCUGAUGACCCUGCAGUUGACCCAGUGUGUACUGACGGAAGUGCGGCACACAAAGAUGCCUGGCAGGAAGAACACCACCUGUACAAUACACUGAACGCCAAACCAUCCUUAGAGAUUUUUUAAGAGAUUGGCGAUACAAUGUGCUGCUUUGCCUUUACUUACCACAAGAGGUCGCUGAGGGAUUAAAUACCUGAAAAGCCUCCUGUCCUCCUGCAGUCUGUAGUGUGGUGGGUGUUCUGGCUUGGUGGUGGUGAGGUCCAUCUGGAAAUGCUCAGAGCAUCCCGUCUCAUAGCUGCUGCCAUCACCUCUCACAGUAUUUCACUGUUUUAUGGACACGGUCAGCUCUGGAGCUCUCUGUCUCCCUUUGGAGCUUCUUUGGAAACAUCAGCCUGCUUUUUAUUUACAACCUCAGAGCCAGGUCUGUUCCCCACUGCGGGAUAUGUGUGCAUACUGGAUGUGCGAUGAUUCAGGCAUAUCAGCUCACAGAUUUUGAAAAAAAGCAGGAAUGCAUGUGUGGUUGCUGUGUCCAUGGAUCUCUGUGCAUAGUUUACAUGUGUCUGAGGUCCCACUGUGGCCACUGUGUAAAUUUACUUGAGUUUUCUAUCGCUUUACAUUAAAUGUCAGAGCUUUUUUCAUGACCUAAACAUCCAACUAGUUUUGUUAAUUUUGUUUUACAACUCAACAUAUCAGGAAGAUAUAUUGGAUUUUGACUGGUAAGUAUUGUAUCCUUUCCUGUACCAAGUUUACAGUGACCACAGCUACAGGGAAGCAGUCUGGAAAACCUGAAAAGACAUGUUGUCUGGAAAUUUUGUUUAUGUAUGUCACUGUUUAUUUUUUUAUAAUUGAUUCCUCAUUUAAAGACCCGAAGUGGUAGGUCAUCCUGCAUGGAAAACUGCUAAUCCUUAAACAAAACGAAACGGCAAGUUUAAUACAACUUCCACUUAAACAUUUCAAUUGUAGUCACCAAAGUCUGUUUUUUUUUAAAUCAACAAAAGAUUAAUCUUUGCACUCUGUCGUUUAAUGUAAUGCUGUAAAAUCAUCCAGGUUUCAUAAGAUUGUAUAUAUUUUUAUACUUUGCUGUUUUUUACAUUUACAUAUUCCAUUAUAAAUAUAUAUAUUUUGGUUGUUUCUAUUAUGAUUGAAUGUUGCUAAUGAGACAGCCUUUGUGAGGAUGAUGUAAAAUUUACAAUAUCCAGUUUUGGUUGUUUUGUAGUAACUUAUGUUUAACUAUAUCAUCUUAAUACCACUCCUCUCAUUCUUUCUGCUCUUUUGAUUCCAGUUUCUUGUUUUUUAUAGUUAUUUUGUGUUGCUUUUCCCCUUCUUCACCAGGUUUUCAAUGUGUUUCAUUUAGAUGUGUUUUUUUAAAACGUUUUGUGCAUGC